UGCUCCAGAAGCCUGGACAUGUUGGCAGCAUGGACAGGGGGGACCCAUGGAUACCCCAGGACCCUGAAACAGGGACCCCGGACAGUGCUGACCCCUGGGAUACCUGUGAUGCCAAAGUGGUGAGCCCAGAGAAGGAGGACCUGCGGGAUUGCCAGGAGCCCCAGCAGCCCAGAGGGGGGAACACCAAUACAAAGCUGACCUGCAGCAACCCAGACAGGGGGGCCUCCAGGAGCCCAAAGUGGAGACACCAGAGAGGAGAAACCCAGGGUUGAGUGUUUUGGUUGAAUCUUAGUAAUUUGUGUAUUUUUGGGCACUGAAUUUUAGUGUUUUGGAAGUUUACAAAGGCACCAGAUUCCCAGUGACUUCUAGAGUGUGGAGGCGCAGGGGCCCAACAUUGGAACUGUAAUACCUCAGGGCAAAGGUGACCAGGGUCAGAGAGAGACACCCCUCUGAGGACAAUGCUCUCACCAUCAGCAUUUGCAGGCUCAUGGGAAUGCAGCAGGCUUCAUUGGUGUCACCCACUCCAGCUGCCCUUUUUCUUUAUAUGGAUUCCCCCUAGAAUGUUCUCCCCUCUCUUGUCCCCCAUUGGUCCUGGUUUGCUGCAAUGCUCCGCCCCUGUUACCUCAUUGGUUCCCCAGUUGGCUGCCCCUCCUCUGCACCACCUGUGCUCAGUUCCCAUUGGCCCUUGGCCCUCAGACCCGCCCCUUUCCCCCCUUACCAAACCCUGUGUCCUCAGCCCCAUUUUGUCUCUGUGCCUGGACCCUCUGCCUUGCAAUAAACUGCAUUUGGAGCUGUGCGCACAGACCCGUCUCUGGCCUUGUCCAUCAGCAGGUUAAGCAAGCGUGCUCCGGGCUCUGGGAGUGCAGGAUUUCUCAUUCCCAAACUUUGGCUGGAUGGAGGAGGAGGCUGUAAGGAAGAGGAAGAUGCCCCGGGACACCCAGGCAGGUGAGGAGGAACAAGGAGGUGAGGAUGGAGACCAGGGAGGACAAAUCCCCACAGAAGAACCUCGAGGAAGAGGCAGAUUGGAGCGGCUCCACGGGGCAGGAAUCCAACAGGGAGGAAAAGCUCCAGAGAUGGCACAGGAAGAGGGGACCAAACCCAGCCCAGGGUGCUCUGAGGUGAAAGGCUGCACCCUGAGCCAGGAAGGUGGAGAGAGCUUCAGCCAGGGAUUGGAGCUGGUGACCCAUGAGCAGCUUCAUGACGGGGAGAAGCCCUACAAGUGUUUGGAGUGUGGGGAGAGCUUCAGGCGGAGCAACGCCCUGAUGAGCCACCAGAUGAUCCACACUGGGGAAUGGGCCUGUGAGUGUGGGGAAUGUGGGAAGGGCUUCAGCUGCUGCUCCCACCUCAUCAUCCACCAACGCAUCCACACUGGGGAGAGGCCCUAUGAGUGUCCUGUGUGCCAGAAGAGGUUCCAAACCAGCUCCAAUCUCCUCCUGCAUGAGAGAAUUCACACACAGGAGAGGCCCUUCCGUUGCCCCGACUGCGGGAAGGGCUUCAAGCGCAACUCCCACCUCAUCACCCACCAGCGAAUCCACACUGGGGAGAGGCCCUACGAGUGUUCCCAGUGUGGGAAGAGCUUCACCCAGAGCUGUAACUUGAACAGACACCACCAGAGGCACAGUUAAGGGAAGGCCUAUAAAUGCCCCAACUGCAGAAGGAGCUUCAUGCACUGCCCUAACUUCGUCCCCCCACUGGAGAGCCCACAUUGGGAAGAGCCCUGGUGAUCCAUGGUCCCUGUGAUCCAUGCUGGGAAGACACUUGUAGCUUUUCCUGGUUCUGUCAAUGAUAUGAUGUGAGAUUGAAGAACAUGACGGUGUGGCCAUGGCCAUGAUGUUACAUUCAGUCCCACCUUAGGUUAUUGCCAGGGGCAGGCAAGGGACUCUCUCUCUCGCAAAGAGGAGGGUGUCCUUUCCAGGCAGGAGGAAAUAUGUGGCCAGGAAGAGACGGUUGUUGAUGUUGUAGUUUUCCCUGUAAAUAGUUUUUGUUUUCCCUUCUGUUACCAGUAUUGUUUCUCUUCCUGUUUGUUGUUUAUCUCGUUGCUGUUCCCAUUAAAUUGUUCUUAUCCCA